AUGGACGCCUUCGUCCCCGUCGCAAGUUCUGCCGACGGCGAGGACCGCAUCAGCGCCCUCCACGACGACCUCCUCCGCAUCAUCAUCUCGCUCCUCCCCGUCAAGGACGCCGCCCGAACCUCUACCUUCGCCUCCCGAUGGCGCCAUCUCUGGCGCUCCAGCCCGCUCUUCCUCAGCGACGACGACCUACUCCCCUCUGCGGUCACCCGCGUCCUCGCCGGCCACCCGGGCCCUUUCAGCGUGGUAGAAAUCAGCCGUUGCAGGUUCGCGUCCCACGACCACGAGCUCACAGAGUGGCCGCGCCUUCUCGCCGACAAGGGCGUCCAUCACCUCCUUCUCGUCAACAGCAUCGACGAAUCCACCGUCGACGACAGCGUGUCUCUACCCGCGGACAUCCUCCGCUGCGCCUCGCUCCGGGAUCUCUUCCUUGGUGGCUUCUCCGCGUUCCCGGACACCGCCGGCCUCCCCCGCGGCCCCGACGUCUUUCCCCACCUCCACCAGCUCGGCACGGUCAUGAUGACCAUCAGCGGCUGGGAUCUUGAUUACAUUCUUGCCUGCAGCCCGGUUCUCCAGAUAUUCAUUUUCGGGCAGAGCACCAUGCCCAAUCUUCUCCAACUCCGCAGCCAAAGCCUCCGGUGCGUGACACUCUGGAAUUCCAUGGUGGACGGGGUCACCAUGGUGGACGCCCCGCUCCUGGAGCGACUCUUCUUGCUGGAGGCGCCUCGUGGAGGUGAUGAGAAUACUGUCAUGCUCAACAUUCCUUGUGCAUCCAAUCUGCGGGCGCUCGGCUACUUGGAGCCAAGAUUUCACAGCCUGCACAUCGGUGACAAUGUCAUCAAGCCUGGCACAAUGCCGACCCCAAGCACAGUGGUUCCAGGCAUCAAGAUAUUGGCCUGUAAGGUUAACUUUGGUGUCUUGCACGAGGUCAAGAUGCUGGUGGCCUUCCUCAGAUGCUUUCCCAACAUUGACACACUGCACGUCGAGUCUUUAACUGAACCAACUGGAAGGAGCCAUGCCAAGUUCUGGGAGGAGGUCUUUACAAUUGAAUGCAUCAAGUCACAUGUCAAGAAGAUUGUUGUCCAUGAAUACAGAGGGGAUCAAAGCGAACUUGAAUUCCUUCAGUUCAUUGUCGCAAGUGCACAUGAGCUGCGGACUCUCAGUGUUCUGAUUAGCAAACACACCUUUACUAACUUGGCCAAUACUGCGGAGAUGACAAACAUAUUGGGGACUCUUUUAGGUGUACCAUGGCGACGUGACUGUAAGAUGACGGUGCUAGGCCCAGAGUUUCAGAAUGAGCAGAGCAUCCUCAAAGCAUCUGAUCUUACUGUUGACGACCCUUUUGACUGGUGAACCUGAGGCCGUCUAUAUAUGUUUGCAUGAUCCAAAGCUUUCCGAGGAAUCAUUUACUACUAUACAUGCAAGUGCACUGUCCAGUUUGUAGGCAAUUAUGUCUGUUCUUCACAAAGAACACACUCCGUACAUGAACAUCCCAGCUACAACGUGAGUAUGAGGGAGUGUUGAAACUAGCUGUACUAUGCUUCAUUCAGAGUACUUUUAGCAUGUCUGUAGUAAUGCUUC